AUGUCGCCAGAGUUGCCAACCACAGGGGAUAUUCCCCUCUCACCUUACUUCCCUAACCAAAUGAAGGAAAACAUGAAGGCAUCUGUAAAUGAAGUCAUUGAUGAGGAACAAGGCUCUAUUUCAGAAUUGGAGGUAAAACCGCAAAAUGAAAUGGUAAGAGGCCUUAAAUCUAGGCACAUUCAACUCAUUGCCCUGGGAGAUGCAAUCGGUACUGGUUUGUUUAUUGGUUCUGGUGGUGCCUUGAGUACUUGUGGUCCAGCACCUAUAUUGAUCUCCUACAUUGUUAUGUCCUUUUUUGUUUGGACGAUCGUAAACCAGUUGACGGAAAUGGUGGCUUUAAUACCUCUACCCGGUGAAGCUUCCAUGUACUCGCUGGCUAGAAUGUAUGUCGGCCGCCCGCUUGCAUUCAUGUGCGGUUGGAACUUGUUUUACGCUAUGGCCAUGAUUGCCCCUAGUGAAAUCACAGCUUGCGCCAUGCUUAUCCAGUACUGGACUGAUGCGAACUCUGCAAUCUUUAUUUCAAUUUUCAUCGUCUUUUCUGUUGCGAUUACAAUGCUUCCUGUGCGGGUGUUCGGUGAAAGCGAGUUCUGUGUGUCAUCGAUCAAACUUUUGACCAUCGUGGGCCUGAUUAUCGUUGGAAUAGUAAUCUUUUUCGGUGGUGGACCUUCUCAAGAUCAUAUUUUGGGCUUUCAUUAUUGGAAAAAGCCUGGGGCCUUCAAAGAACACCUGGUUCCAGGAUCUACCGGUAAGUUCCUUGCAGUCUGGACUGCAAUCAUUAAAAGUGGUUUUUCCUUCGUUCUGGUACCUGAAACUGUCGCUUCUUGUUCCGCUGAAUCCGCAAGCCCAAGAAGAAACAUGCCUAGAGCUUGCCAGAGAUUUGUUUAUCGCCUGGCUCUUUUCUAUGUCGCUGGUGUCUUAGUGGUUACUGUGGUAGUGGGGUCAGAUGAUGCGAAUCUGCUGAACGCUAUCCAUUCGGGGGCCUCGAACGCAGCAGCCUCACCUUAUGUCAUUGGGAUAAAGGAGGCUGGUAUCAAAGUCUUACCUCAUAUUAUCAACGCCUGUAUCUUGACGAGUGCCUACUCUUGUGGAACUGCCGAGUUAUAUGGGUGCUCUAGAAUUUUACAUUCGAUGGCUAUGAAGGGAGACGCUCCUCAGAUUUUUGCUAAAGUCAAUCGCUUUGGUGUCCCAUACUAUAGUACAGCUGUUGCCUGCUUGUUCACCCUGUUAGCAUAUCUGAACUGUUCAAAAUCAUCUUCAUUGGUCUUCAAUUGGUUAAGUAACAUUGCCACGAUAUCCGGUUUCAUUAGUUGGGUUUUCGUUUCAGUUACCUAUACCAGAUUCAGGACUGUCAUUGACAAAUUAGACCUUAACGAUAGGAUACCUUUCAGACGCAGAUUUCAAAAGGGUUUUGCCUAUGCUUGUAUUGCAUUCUUCGUUCUUUUGAGUUUAACAAACGGUUAUGCUGUAUUCAUUAAAGGCAACUGGAACACUAGCGACUUCUUUGCCUCUUACGUUACUAUUGGUUUCGUCGCCGUUUUGUUCAUUGGUAGUACCAUCUACUACAAAGAGUUACGAUUCAGAGACGUCUCAGAGAUUGGAAGAGAAAUCAUUCCAAAAAUCGACAUUGCCGAUGAAGAUGAAAGGAAUGAUGUGCCUGUCGUACCGAAGAAUUGGGGCGAAAAGAUUUGGUACACUAUUGUUUAA